CGCUGGAUUUUUCCGGAUGGCGCCACGCCCCUCCCCUGACAAGUUUCUCCCCCUGCCUUCCUUGCUUCGUUACUAGACCGACGGAGGAGUGGAAGCUACCUGAAGUUUUUCCGGCUGUGUCGUGCGGGAAAGUGCGUAUGCUGUGGUUUAUUAUCCACGAUAAUGAAAAUGGCCAACACUUUACGAGGAGAAGUACUGAAUCUUUAUAAAAAUCUGCUGUACCUUGGACGAGAGUAUCCAAAAGGAGCAGACUAUUUUAAAAGGCGUCUGAAGAAUGCUUUCCUUAAAAACAAAGAUGUGAAGGACCCAGAGAAGAUCAAAGAACUUAUCAGACGGGGCGAAUUUGUAAUGAAAGAGCUAGAAGCCUUAUAUUUCCUUAGGAAAUACAGAGCUAUGAAACAACGCUAUUACUCAGAUACCAAAGACACUAACUAACUGAUCAUUACUAUUAUUUGGCUGAAAACCAGUGCCAUCUCUUUAGGUAUAACAAACAAAAAUAAUUCUAACUUCAAAUGGCAACAUAUACACAUCAUGUAAAAAAUACUUAAACUGCCCUACUGAACUAAAAACAGGUUUCAACUUCUAUUCAUACGCAGUUUUAUCAGCAAUCCUUUAUGCACAAUUUUAUACUAAAAUAGAAACUUAGCUACAUAAUGUUGCCAACUACAAAUUAUAAAUUCAUGGGUACCUAAUUUCUAAUGAAAAAAUAAUGUACUUGAAACAGUUUUAACUUAAUAGUUUUUUGCCAAUUAUUCUUAACCCAUUUCUCCAUUUUACUGACAAUGUCAUUUAAUUCACAUGUAACUAGGCAAAAUAAUUUCUUGAACACUAUUCUCUUAAUUUUUGAAGGAGCACCUUAUUUUUGACUCCAUCUGGUACAUUAGGAAGGUUCACUACAAAUCAAAUAGCUUCUGCUCAUGAUUUUAGUGCAGUUAGAGAAUAAUAAUAUAUAUGAAGAUUACUUCUGAUCUUGAAAUAGCCUGCCAGCAAUUGUCAUUUCAUAAAACAUAUUCAAUAUUUCCAUUAUUUUGCUGCUAGCUCCCUUUAGGCCUUAAAACCAAUUUUACCUGUUGUGUAUCAAUUACCUUCUUUGAUAAAAUAAUAAAUAUUGUUAUUUUUUGUCAUAAAGGCAGAUCUGUUUUGUACAUACUUCUAAAUGAGUUGACAUGGCAAUAGACUUAAACCUAAGAUGGUUUUAAGCAUAUGCAAACACUUAAAUCUUUACAUAAUGUGCAGGGCAUCUUUCAUAAAUAAAGAAUAUUUCUAACUUACAAGCUGCAAAGAAGAUUUACUAGUACACUGUAGUGUCAGUGGCGUAUAAAUGACUCCAUGUCAAUUGUGGGGCAAAUGUUUCAAAUUUCUGUCAAGAAAUACACACUGUCAUAGACACCGUAACUUUUUAUUACAUUACAAUAAUUAGGAGCAGUACAGUUCAUGACAAAAAUAUUACAAAUUUCAGAUCACUUCACAGCACAUACUCCUAUAAACAUUUAAAAGUUAAUUUUAAUGAAAAGAGUGGUCAUUCUUUAAUGUUUGAUAUGACCAACAUUCCUAGGUCAGCGCAACCAAAUGAUGGAAAACAAACUGGAUCACACUGCAUAUGCCCCACCAAAAAAGCACAAUGUACAAAAUGUGCAUGUUUCAGUUUACACUAUACAAAAAUAGUUAAAAUACAUUCCAGGUAAACAUGUUACAUUAAGAAAUAGUACUAGUAAGAAAUUGGCACUCAAAGGAAAAAUGCAAAAGUAGUUUCAACAUGAAAACACAAGACAGUGGAACUGGAAACUUUUGGAUAAAAUAUUACACAACCCAUUUAGCUCUAUGGGGGGGUGGACCCUCUGUAACCCACAUUUCUGUAGGCAAUAACUGUUUUCCCUAAAUUCAUCUAAAUUACCUAGCAUCAUCCCAAACAGGCACUUAAAACUAUUAAACUAAAACAAGUUUUAAUCUAGUUAUGACUGUGUUUUAAGAACUGAUGUGAAUAUAUCUCUAGAAAGUAAUUUUCAUUUUCUGAAAGAAUUUGCAGCUACCCAGUUGUAUGCUGUCAAACUUAUCAAAACAGAUUUCAUGCUACCCAAUAUUAACAUGAAGUUAUUAAAUAUAAAUUUGGUUUUAUAGUAACUGAUAGGUUUUAAAAACCAUUAGCACAUAAUUAUCAAGAAAUUAUUACUUUGUAAAGUAAUAAUGUAAAUGGACAGCUUUUAUUGCCUACAAAAAAACUGUGUAUAUAUUGUUUAGAAAAAAUGACUAGGAGAAAAAAACAUCACUGGAAUACAAAUGAGAUGAAUUUGUGCAAACUGCAACUUAACAUGCCUCACAAGAUUUCUUUAUAUUAUAUACUAGGACAAAAUUGUGCAGGUGGCAAAGGUUUUGAUAAUCUAUGAAAGUUAGGUUCUAAAUUCCUAUGCAGUGUGACUCAGUUAAAAUAGAGCCUAGAAUUCCUAAUUAGGAAUAUCCACUUGAAUUAUACUACAGACUUCUGCUACAUUGUUCCACAAACAUGUUAGAAUGUCUAAGACUAUGUAAUUUAGCACUUUUUCAAUUUUAACAAGGAUUUUUAUCUUUAAGGCUGUAAUAAUUAAAUAAUAUUUAUGUUACUUCUAGAAUCAUCUCUCCCCCUUUAAAGUCUCUAUGAAAACAACCUUUUAUCAAAUCAUUUAAAAUUCAUAUGAUAAAGGAAAAUUACCACUGUUUUAAAAAAACUGUCCUAAAAAAUUGUCCUAUGUUAAAAAUGCAAGAGUCCUAAAAUUCCCUCACUCAAUUAUGCACUGCUGUUCUUAAAGUCUGGCCACUUCUCUCUCUUGGAUAGAAAAAAGAAGAGGUUCUAUACAAGUCUUAACAUCCCACCUAGAUGAUAUUCUGCAAGUCUGUAGUUUAGCAAAGCAUUUCAGAAAUCAUAAUGAUUUCUACAAAGAAAUUUUCUUUUCUGUAAAUUAGUUCAGGCAUCUGUUUAUUCCUACUUAAACAUAACUUUAAGAAUUCAAUAUUUAAUUUUAAAAGUCCAUUUUAAUUACUUACACAAGGAGACCAACCAGAAUAUUAUACAUUUGGGAAUUUUAAUAUUAUUAUGUCAUACAACUUAAGGUAUACUAUAAUUGUCCCAAUAGAAUCACACAAUUAUGCCAAAUAAAAAAUAUAUAAUCAAGUUUCCUCCUUUAAAACAAUGAAAUAAAAGUAAUUUAUAUAAAGUAGCUUGAUUAACCAGUUACAAUGGAAUCAGAGCAAAAUAAUUACUCCAGAAAUGGAAGAAACUUUAAAGAGACCAACUCCCUUCCUCACAAAACUAAAAUACGCACCAUGUGCCAGAUGCCUCAGGAGGGUGUCAGACCACUUAGAAUAUCAGCACUUCUACUUCAGGAAAGGGAGUAAGUCCCCUUUACCACAGUAUCUCCAGUGCCUGUGUAGUGCCUGGCAUUUAGUGGGCACUCAAGUAUGUGGAAUUAAUAAAUCAUGCUAAAAGGUAAGCUUUAUGAAUUAAAUUUUAAAGUAUUUUUCAUUGUAGGCUUUUAAUUAUUAAAACAAUGCAGUAUGUCACUGUUACUGUCACUGCAGUAUAAAUUAUCAAAGGAAAAUUUUCAGCAUUACCCUUAUUAAAUUCUUCUUCCACUGGAUAGGGUUCUGUCUACUCAUAGAAGAUAUGAAAACUCCUACAUGGUCACUAAUGGACCAGGCAGCAAACAGAUAAUAUUCAAAAGAUCAAGGUUAAAUUGCUACAGCCACCACUUCAAAAUGAGCCAUUAGGUCCAAUCUCAUGGUAGUAUCUGUCAGGUCAUGUUGAGCCUGAGGAAGGGAGUAAGAUGUAGGGCAUUUUGAUGUGACUUGAUGGGAAGUCUUCAAGGAGAUUACUAAAGCAGCAUGAUUCUUGAAUGUUGGGGAAUUAGACAUAUUGAAAAGCAUCAAGUCGUGGGUCAUACAGAAGGGUAGGCUGGCAAGAUGACACUUAUAUGGGAGAAGGGUGUUAAAUUUUGAGAAAGGAUAUUCAAAAAUAAACUUCACCUCUUGUACAAUUUUGCCUAAGACUGGCACUGAAGAUGGUAACACAGGUAAGAACUUGUAGAUUAUGCUGAAAUUGACAAAUAGGCAUAUUUUUAUGUAAACUGAAUGUAAAUCAUGUCAUUGUAAUGCUAGCUAUAGCCUUGAGAUGACUUAUUUUAACAUAAAGAAAUGGGUAAGUGAUUUACCCAAAAUUGGAGUUGUAAAGACACCAGAAUCUAAAGUCACUUUCCUCUGAGUCCACUGAUUAUUUUCACGUCAACAUACCUUCUCACUUCAAAUAUCUUUAAAUAUGGAAGAUUUUAGCUGCACUAAAAUAAUCAUUUUGUUAAUUUACCUAGUUUUAAGCAUUAGAUAUUCUUCAAAUAUGGACCAGACUUUGGAAAAUUUUAUGAAAUAUCACUUUAGCUAUGUUAACUAGCCAAUACUAGACACUCUGAAACUCUUCCUUUUCAUUAUUUAAAAAAAUUAGUCUUCCCCAUCCCCACCCCAAAAUCUUAUUUAAAAUAACUUAUUUUAAGAAGUUUGGUUUGUUUUUUUUUAAAGUGAUGUUCUUGGUCUGCAAGCAGAGCCACCAACAGUGAGAACGUAUCUUGCUGAGCUAGCCAAACUUCUCCCAGUUCCCGUUUUUGACCAACCAAUGCUUGACAACACAGGAAGACCAUGGGGAUGCUCUCCACGCUGUGAAACUCACAAUGAAGCUCACGGGUUCACACAGGACUUCAACUUGUUGUUUUUAACACCUACUAAGCUAACUGGCUCAAAUAAUCUUUAAUACCAGAAUUAAAACUAUUUUUAAAGACUGAA